AUGAACACCGCUUUGACAAACCAGCCUCCCUACAAUAUCGCCCGUUUCUCGGGGUUUUUCAUUGAAUCUGUGUUAACUGGGAUUUAUUGGGUUCACUUUUAUUCGUAUAUCGAAAACAUACGAAAGCGCUCGAGGGAGUGCGGAGAGAAUAUGUUUAUAUCUCCUAUAUUUGCAGUGGGAAUGACUUUGUUCAUAGGGGCGACCGGACAUUUCCUAGUGCUUGUUAUUUCAUCUUUUAUAGCACUCUCGAACAUCUCAAACACCGAUACACCAAUGGAUCAAAGAGGGUACCUGUCUCUAAGUCCAAAUUGGAGUGUCGCAUACAACGCAUUCUAUAUCAUGGUUCCCGUUGUUGCAGACGCCUUUCUUAUUUAUCGUCUGUUCAUCGUGUGGCAACGGAACUAUAUUAUAGCAAUUCCAGCCGCAUGUAUCUGUGUUUCGCUGCUCGCCACCGCCUCCGUUGCGGCUCAUUUGUUUACAACUUCAAUCGAUUCCAUUUUCGACAGGUCGCGUCGGUGGAUUGUAGCCGCAUUCGCUCUAACCUUCGCGUGCAACAUAUACUGUACAUUCUUUAUUUCACUUCGUGUCUGGCUGGCUCAACGCAGUGUAAGAGGUGCUAAGGUCACCUCUCAAACAAAGUUGCAGAGGUACAUCGAAAUUCUGGUUCAGAGCGCUGCUCUGUAUUGUUUGCUUGUUUGCCUAUCCCUGAUAUUCUCUAUUGUGGAAUCUAACGCUCUUUACAUGAGCGUUGCGGCCGGAAUAUGUUUUUGCAUGAUUGUCACUCGACCAUACAACGCUGAGACGGGACAGACUUUUGCUGCGGUUACCUCAGUACCCCACCACUGGCAAGGAGUCGCAACAAACGACGAAGGCCAGACUAUGAUGAUAGAUGAGCCACCUUUGACUCCAGACACCCCUGGCUCAGCAGGGACGGAAGUCCCGACAUCGAGGGACGAGUCAGAUGCGGAGAAGGGCCGGCCACGCAGCGACACGGGGGACACUGAAAAAAGGGAACUUGAAAAUGUUAUUGGACAUCAUUCGUUCCAGUCGACGAUUAAUAUGCCUCCUGCUUCCGAGAGCUCCGAUGGUGUUGUGUCAGAGGCAAAUUUUGGGGCAGAAAAGGACACUAUGACCGAAACACCAGACGUAGUUUGA